UUUACAGGUCUCCCUGAACAAAUAGCAGACACCACAUCAAAUUUCAUUGAUUAAUUAAUUUUAUAAACAGACAAUGGGACACUGCAGAUGUUGCCCUAAUAUACAUCGACAAUUGUGCAUUUAAAGCAUGAUGUCCUGAUCUGAAGUAACAACCAGCUGAACAGUUAUAUAGAUAUCCAUUAUACAUUUUGCCAUGGUGACAACAUUAUUAAAAUGUGAUACAGUGAAUACACUAUGUUUGGAAAUGUUUUUAGGGCAUGGCAGAUAUUAAUAUUUGCAGGCUUUGUCUUAAUGUCCCUUUUAUGCGAGAUAUGCGGUGCUGUUCCAUUUCAGGGCCUGCUGACUAGAAUAGCAGAAUCGACCACCGGGGCUCACACUAUCCUUAGGUGUGGCCUCAUGCAGGGACUGGCGGGAUGUUCCUUCUUUGAUAUGAGGCCGGAGCUGGAAAGGUCGAGAGAUACCCAGGGGGUCCUAGAGUCUGAGGAGGUCAUUCCGAGCCCGAUGGCACGGUAUGAGCAUGUGUUGUUUGCCAGCCUGAAGCUGUGUCUGGCACUUCACACUUCCCUUGGCAUAGAGAACCAGGAUGCUGGAAACCUGCAGGUACACUGAAACAUAUUACCUGAAAAUGAAAGUGUUCUGUCCACAACCCUGACACUGUGGCUGUGCUAGCUAAUGCUCUUCCUUUUCAGGACUUGAACCAGCACUGAACAUAUAUAUGAUUUUCUUUAUCACCUUAAAAUAAAAAAAACUCCCCCUGAUGCUGUAAAACUCAGUGAAUAACAUAAUUGCAAGCAAGAACAAUAUUGAAUUAAUGAAAAAUAUGUAACCAAUUGUUUCGUGAACUGAUCUCUCCGACAGUCCGUAGUAAGACAUCCAGUUCUAUGUGGAAAUCUGAAGAUAAAUGAUAACAUUUCAUGUCGAACAUUUUAAGUACCA